CGAGGGUCAUCUGCACUGAUCUUCAUUCACGUGAACCAGCCAUCCAAUCAAACAGUCCAAUAAAAACGAGUCGGACAUUCAGCGAUCCAUGCCAUACUUGCAAAGAGGCACGUCGACAUACCGGAACACCUAUGAAGUUACCACCCCUCACCCCACCACCCUCCCCCUAUCGAUGACGGCACUCUCGAGGCCGAAUGGCCGCAGCAGACGGCGAGCGGCACCAGCCGACUCGGGGUAGCGGUCGGCGACCGGCUGAGACCGAUCAGCCACAUGUGCCUCGGUCGUGUACAGAUGGAUGAUGUCCGACCAUACAUACAGAUAGGCAGCGACGGUCUCUCCCGGUCUGUGGCCGCUCACAAUCACAUUGCGAAAGUCAAUCGGAUCAGCAGCAUUCAGAUUGCCCCCAUAGGCAUCGAUACCCUGAUCCUCUGUGAUGGCAUCGGUCAGUAGACGGCCAUAGCGAGGGUCGCCCCUGCCGAUGACUGCACGCAGCACCAUCCUGUGACGCACUCCUUCUCCAUUCGACCACCAGCGGAGCAGCUUGUGCAACAGAAACGCCGAGAAGGAGGGGUAGAGCCAUGCGCUCCAGCGGAUGACGGGGUCGGUCCGCUUGUAGCUCUCGGCAUAGCGAUGGCCUCCCGGCAGCUCACCCAACGGCACCACACGAAAUGGACCAGAAUUGCCGAUCCGAUAGCUCCCGUUGUCGGCUUGCUGCAGCGCCCGGCUGUUGAAUCCGUAUGUCAGCAGGUGGCGGAACAGCCGACAGAUGGCCAUGGCGAGUGGCAUCCGAUGGGAGGCCGUUGCUCUGGGCAAUGCGUCAGCCGACAGACAUAGAGGCAGCCCAUUGUGUGUGAGCAUGUGGCCGAACAGCCGAUAGAUGGCCAUGGCCAAUGGCAGCUGGUGGAAUGCCGUCCUGCUGGGAAGGUGGGCUGCAAGCCACUGAGCCGACAGCAGCAGGGGCAGCCCAUUGGCAGGCGUCAGCCGAUAGAUGGCGGCCAGCCGGAUGAACCGCCCCAUCCCCGGCCACUCGUUGCUGCCCUGCUCCAGCACAUAGGCCGCCCGCAGCACAUAGGUGAAUGGGAGAGGGGCGGUGCGGUCGAUGUCGAUGAGGCCGGUGAGUGAGUGGCGGCCGAGGGAGCCGUCGAUGCGCUCCACCAGCAGCGCGGCGGUCACUAGAGCCGCCUUCGCCCGGCAGGCCGCUCGGACACAGACCGCCUCAUGGACGAGAAGGGACGGCAGAAUGCGCCCGAGCCAUAGGUCGUCGGGCACCAAAUCAGACAU